AGCCAGCUAGAUUUUUGAUUACCUGGCUUUAACAAAUAAAAUUUUGAAUAAAGAAAGUUUUUAACGAAACACACCCACAGCGGAUGUGAAUGAACCUACACACACGCACACGCAUCGCGUAACACAUGAUAGCCUGGUUCUCUUUGAAUUCAAACCCGGUCACAACAACGACAGGACCAGACGCCACAACCAUUACAUCAUCUCGCAUUCAUUAUCGUUUAAACAAAUUUUAAAUUUAAACUAAUGUUUACUUGGUAAUUCACUCCAGGAUUUCUAAAACAACAAAAAAAUAAUGAAGGCCUACCUUAUUUUGCUUACAGCCAUUUUUGCCUUCUUCCUACAGCCAGGCUCAGCCAUAAAAUGUUACAUGUGUAAUGUCACCGCUAGCUGCAACGACCCCUUCAGUGCCACUGGUAAUGGUCAAUGCGAUGGAACAUACUGCUUUAAAUCUUCAGCUUCUGCUUCGGGAAUCCAAGCAGUGUAUCGAGGUUGUGCAAGCGCCAAUUGGACAGCACAAAUAGACGGUUGCACUGACCUGUCAUCAUUAACACCUGGAGUGAAAACAAUCGUAUGUUACUGUUCAACGGGACUCUGCAACGGGUCGGAGGGAUUCAAAUUCACACCCUUCUUCCUGAUCGGGAUAUCCACGAUAGGGUACCUCGCCAGAUAUGCACUCAUCUAACUGAUUGCUGACGAUGUUUCGUUGACAUCAGCAUCAGGCUGCUAUUGAAUAAUUUUUAGAAAUUAUUUGAAAUAAAAUAAAAACGAUUUGAAAAUUUGACAUUUUUGAAAUUGAUUUCACAAAAAUUUGUAGUUUGCUAGUAGUUUGUUUAGCUAUACUUUUUUUUAGCUAUGAUUC